AUGGCAUCUGCGGAUAGCGAAGUGAAAACACUGUUGAACUUUGUCAAUUUGGCUUCGAGUGAUAUCAAGGCGGCAUUGGACAAAUCAGCCCCUUGUCGGCGUUCGGUCGACCACAGAAAAUACUUACAGAAGCAGCUGAAACGUUUUUCACAGAAAUACUCGCGGAUUCCACGUUGUCACACCAACCGGCUUCUUGAAACCAGUUCGAAGGAAGGGACAGACGACAAGAGUCGGGCCUAUAUCCUACAGCACGCGGACGCUCAUCUACACUUUCGACCCGCCUCGGACCAGGACUGUAGCGAAGCCUUGCCGGGAACUAUCACGGCGGCUGGGAAGCAACUAGGCAGACAAAACCAAGUGCCCAUGAGGAAACGACAGCUCCCCGCGUCCUUCUGGGAGGAACCGAGGCCAUCCAAAACCAUCCAGCCCUUGAAGCUGCUUCAUGUGGAACAAGCGGUGGCCGCGGCUGAAGACCCGGCGGGCCAGGGACCUGAAAGCAAGCGAAUGCAGGAACGUACCAACCCACCCAAGCAGUCCUCGACUUUCCCAGCGAUACAACUGGACCGCGAGAGAGAACCGCUGAAAUUCCACUUCAGUUCGCUGACGCGCACAGCGAAUGCCUGCGGUUGCUGUCCAUUUCAGUACCAUGGUCACCGGGUGUAUCAGAGUCAACUGGGCUUGCCUCCCUCUGCCUUCCCCGGCAUUGCCGUUUGGAGGAAAGGGAGGAACCCGUCAGCCGAGAUCCCGGUUUACUCCAAAGACUCUUUAAGCGGACAAAAAAUUCAUAAACCUGUCGUUUUGAAGCCCAUUCCCACGAAGCCAACUAUCCCGCCUCCCUUGUACAACGCCUAUGGUUUUCUUUGA